UUUCUUCUUUUUUAAUGAGAGAAUAUAAGAUUCGGAAUUUAAAGUAUUAAUUACAGAAUUAAGAAAUCACUAAUUAAAUUUACUUCUUCACACACGCAGUUUCUUUUAUGCAAUUAUGGCACUUUUACUUUUGGUUACCACCGUUUCAAAGCUUCUUUCCUUUAUUCUCUAACCAGAGAGUUCUUUCUUUUCAUUCUUCUUCUCAGUGCCAGAGACCUGUUCUGGUCUUGUUCCAGGUCUUACACUUCAUAUUAAAUUAAAAAUUCAGAGACAGAGAGGAAGAAAAGUGGCUGAGAAUUUUGAUCACUGCUGCUGAUGAUGAUCAAAUUUUCAUUUUAUACUAGGUACAAGGAGUAAGGACUAAAUUGAGGUGAAUUUUGGAACUUCUGUUUGGAUUCUAUACCGAUUUUUACGAGAAAUUAGAUUAAGUGAAGAAGAGAUAUUAUUAGUGUUUAUGUUCAAUUAUGGCGACUUUGAAACACACUGAUUCAAGUCGCAAGUAUGCAUUUUGGUGGGAUAGUCAUAUAAGUCCAAAAAAUUCAAAAUGGCUUCAAGAAAAUCUUACAGAUAUGGAUGCAAAAGUAAAAGUGAUGAUCAAAAUUAUAGAAGCAGAUGCAGAUUCUUUUGCAAGAAGGGCAGAGAUGUAUUACAGGCAACGGCCAGAGUUAAUGAAACUGGUUGAAGAAUCUUAUCGAGCAUAUAGGGCUUUGGCGGAAAGAUAUGAUCAUGCAACAGGGGCACUUCGCCAGGCUCAUAAGACAAUGUCAGAAGCUUUUCCAAAUCAAAUUCCUUUUGAUGAUGAUUCACCACCCUCAGGCUCCCCUGCGGCUGAAGCUCCUGAGAUGCCACACUCAAUACGUGCUUUUUUUGACCCCGGUGGGUUUCACAAGGAAGAAUCAGGUCUGUCUCCAAUGCAAUCCCGUUCUGGUGGCAUAGGAAACAAAAAAGGAUUUCGACAAGUAAGUGAUCUAUUUGGAGAGGCCGUGGGGAAGGACCAAAAUGCUCACGAGGAAAAUAAUGUUCCGAAGGUGCUUACAGAACGCAAGGUCGAAGAGAGUGGUGUUUCUGGACAGAAUAUCAAGAGCGAGGAGGAAGUAGCUGGUACAGUUGAUGAUAAAGUCCAAAAUUUAAAGCAAAUGAUUGCGAGGUUAGAAUCUGAAAAGGAGGCCAGCCUUCUUAAGUACCAACAGAGUUCAGAGAAAUUACCCAGUAUGGAAAGCAAAGUUUCUCAUGCACAAGAAGAAUCAAGAGAACUGAGUGAACGGGCAAUUAAACCAGAAAAUGAAGUUGAAACUUUAAAACACUCUCUGUCUAAGGUCGAAGCUAGUGUGACAAAUUAUUUACAAUGCUUAGAGAGUAUAUCUGAUCUGGAGAACAGACUUUCUCAAUCUCAAAAAGAGUCUGCAGUACUCAAUGAGCGAGCAAGUAAAGCGGAAACAGAAGUUCAAACCCUAAAGCAAGACCUCACCAGAUUAGAAGGUGAAAAUGAAGCUGCUCUUCUACAAUAUAAACAAUGUUUGGAGAAGAUAUCAGAUCUUGAGACGAAACUCCUUCAUGCUGAGGAUGAAGCCAGAAGACAUAAUGAGAGAGGGGACAAAGCGGAAGCUGAAGUUCAAUCUCUUAAGCAAAUGACCAGUAAGUUAAACGAAGCAAAAGAAGCCGCUACUCUUCAGUAUCAACAAUGUCUAAACACCAUAUCAGAUCUUGAAAUCAAGAUCUCUCGCGCUGAGAUGGAAGCUACAAGACUCAAUAAUGAGGUAGCAACAGGGGUCGAAAAAUUUCACUCUGCUGAAGAACAACAUCAUUUGUUAGAAAAGGCAUAUCAGUCUCUUCAAAUGGAAGCUGACACCUUGAUGCAGAAGAUGGGGAUGCUAAUCACACAUGAGCUUGUAGAGAGAGAUGAGGAAUUGGCGAAUCUUCGGGUCCGCGUACAGGAAGAGCACAUUCGCUCCAUGGAGGCUGAAGAUGCUCUCAUCAAUAUAGAAAGUUUACAUGCUAAAUCUCAAGAAGAACAGGAGGCUCUAGAAUUGGAGCUCGAAAAUGCAUAUGAGAUGAUGAAUGACAUGAAGAUCCAGAACCAAGACUUGGAAGAUGAAGUUCAGCAACUUACAGACAGAAACAAAACCCUUAACGAGAAGAACUUAUCGUGUACCAUGUUGAUUAAGAAUUUACAAGAUGAAGUUUUUCUGAUGAAGGAAGCAGAGAAAAAACUUAACGGCGAGGUUGAGCUCCGCUUGGAUGAAAGAAAUGCUCUUCAACAAGAGAUUUACUCUCUAAAAGAAGAAAUAAAUGAAUUGAAUGGGCAAUACCAUAGUGUCAUCGAACAAGUAGAGUAUGUCGGGUUCAAACCAGAUUCCCUUGGGUUGUCUGUGACGGGCUUACUGGAGGAGAACUCUAAGAUGAAAGAGAUGUACCUUGAGGAGAAAGAAGAUAAUGUAUCUCUUUUGACGAAAUUGGAGCAAAUGGAGAAACUGUUGGAAAAAAAUGUCCUAGAAAAUUCUCUGUCAGAUUUGAAUGUGGAGCUAGAAGAGUUGAGGGGGAAACUAAUGUCAAUGGAAGAAACCUGCAGAUCUCUUCAUCAAGAAAAGUCUAAUCUUGUUGCUGAGAAGACCGUCCUUGUUUCUCAACUUGAGAUUGCUACUGAGAACCUAGCGAGACUUGCCGAGAAAAACAGUUUCCUUGAAAAUUCUCUCUCUGAUGCUAAUGCUGAGCUUGAAGGGUCUAGAACUGAAUCAAAGAGUUUGGAAGAAUCAUUUCACUCUAUCAAGAAUGAAAAACUUGGUCUUGUUACCGAAAGGGACACACUUGUCGUCAAGUUAGAAAGCAUGCGCGAAAGGCUGGAAGGUCUGGAGAAAAUUUGCUUAGAAUUGAGAGAAAAGCAUUCAUAUCUGGAGAAGGAGAAAGAAUCAGCACUUCAUGAAGUAACCGAACUACGUGGUUCGCUGGAUGAAGAAAAAAAGGAGCAUGCAAGUUCUGCUCAGAAAAAUGAGAUUCUUCUAGGUAGUCUGGAGGACCAUAUCCGCAUACUUCAUGAAAAACACCGGUUGAUAACAAAGGAAUUUGAAGAAGAACAGGAUAAAGCUAUGAAAGCUCAGUUCGAGAUCUUCAUCUGGCAGAGAUGUAUCCGAGAUAUCGAAGAAAAAAAUCGCUCUCUGUGGAUUGAAUGCCAAAAACACCUUGAAGCAUCCAAGUCAUCCGAGAAACUUAUUGUGGAGCUGGAACAGAAAAAUCUCGAUCAACAGUUAAAUGUUUACUCAUUAUCAAACGAAGUCGGCAGCCUGAAAAAGGGGAUUCAUCAAGUGUUGAAGCUACUCAAAGAUGAUGAUGAUGAUGAUGAUGAUUAUGAGUGUGCAGAUAAAAUUAAGGAGCAUGAAAGGUUUUCUCAGCAUGUCAUGAAGAAAUUUGAAGAGAUGGAUAGUGAUUUAUCGAAAUUACAGGAUGACAAGCAACAGUUAUUGUUUGAGAAGUUGGUUCUUAUUGCUGUUCUUCAACAAGUGACAUGUGAUUUGCAAGAUUCAAAUUUAGGUUUACAAAACGCAAACUCCAACUUACUUGAAGAAAACAGAUCUUUGAGGAAGGACUUCUCAAACUUCAAGGAGGAAAAAUGUAUGCUAGAAGAGGAAAACAGUUCACUACUCGAGGAAACCAUUGUUUUGAGCAACCUCUGUUUGGUACUCAAGAGCUUUGGUACUGAAAAGGUUGCGGAACUCAAAAGGCUUAGUGAAGGUUUGGAUUCUCUGCAUGGGAUUAAUGGUGGUCUUGAUGAGGAAAUUAGAAUGAUGCAGGAAGGGAUAAAAUUGGUUGAAGCUGAAAACAUAAAUCUCAAAGUCGCGGUUGAGAAGUUGGUAAAUGAGCUCAACACGGUGAGUAAUCAGAAUGAGUUGGAGUUCAAUUCUAUGGAAGCAAGCAACAUGGAACGUAGUGCAGAAAUUGUACAGCUGAAAGGAAGUCUUUCUGCACUGGAAGCUGAAAACAUAAAUCUCAAAGUCGCGGUUGAGAAGUUGGUAAAUGAGCUCAAUACAGUGAGUAAUCAGAAUGAGUUGGAGUUCAAUUCUAUGGAAGCAAGCAACAUGGAACGUAGUGCAGAAAUUGUACAGCUGAAAGGAAGUUUUUGUGCUUUGGAAGGUGAAAAUAAAGAUAUGAAGUCACAGAUGACAAAAUAUGCACAGGAUAUGGGUCCUCUGGUUGAAAGUAUAAAAUCCCUUGAAGAGCUUGUGUUCUCACAUAUAAGAUCUCCUACAGCAAAUAAUCAGGAAAUGAAGGAUACUGAGAAGCUUCGGCAUGAUAAAUGCUCUCAAGAACUGAGUGGUGAUCAUAAUCUCCCGAUGUCAGAUAGAGUCCCUGACUUGCUCAAUUUGCAAACCAGGGUAAAAGCUGUUGAAAAGGCACUGAUAGAAAUGAAGAGGCUCAUGCAACAGGGUAGCAUGAACGCUGACAUUAUAUUAGAUACUGGCAUAAGAGAGAAAGAAAAACCAAAAUCUAGAAGUAAUUCGUUCCGGCUUCGAGAAGUUAAAACGGGAAAAGCUGUUGCUGUGGAACCUAAUGAAGUGGAACACAGGGAUGAUCUCAGAAAGAUCAAUACAAGGAAAGCUGAGCUUGAAAUAUCCGAUGGUGCAAUAGUGAAAGACAUUCCACUUGAUCAGGCUGCAUCGUCUUCAUCUUAUGAUCGCGGACAGAAUCCAUUGAGCAGAAGAAGAAGUUCUCGAAUUGAUGAACAAAUGAUGGAGAUAUGGGAUGGUGUUGAGAAGGACCGAAGCAUUAAUAUGACGGUCAGCAGAAGCAGAAAGGGGGCAUCUCCAACACGUGAAAUCGGCAAAAGCAAUCGUCAUCAGGGGUCCAACUCUUCAAGUUUCACACAGGAAGACAAGGAUAUGGUUGUUGACAAGGUAGAAGUCUUCAAAAGAGUUUCAAGUGCACACGAAGAAGGGAACAAGCAAAAAGUCCUGGAAAGACUAACAUCUGACAGUCUGAAGUUGAGCAACCUUCAAGUAACCGUGCAGGACUUGAAAAAGACAGUUGAGCAGACCCCGAAAGUCAGAAGGGCGGAUAAUUUUGAAUACGAUAUGGUGGAAGGGCAGCUACAAGAAGUUGGUGAAGCGAUCACACAGCUGCUUGAUAUCAACAGCAAAUUAAGAAAAAAUCUAGUGGAAAUUUUUCCUGUGACCCGUGAUGGUAGGACUGUCUUAGAGUCGGAAGAGAGUGGAAAUGUUCGCAGACGAAAAGUCUCUGUAGAAGCACAACGAGUGUAUGAAAAGAUAGGAAGGUUGGAGUUGGAAGUGCAGAGAAUGCAGUUUGUUUUAAUGAAACUUGACGACGAACAUGGAACAAAGGGAACCUCAUCAGCUCCAGAUAGAAGAAAAAGAAUUCUAUUGAGGGAUUACCUUUACGGUGAUCGGAGAAGCAGUAACCGCAGGCGAAAGAGAGAUAGGUUUUGUGGAUGCAUGAAACCCGCCACUGAUGAAAAUUCAGGCUAGUAUACAUUUAUUGUUAUUGGACUACAAAAAUCAGGUUAGUGUAUAUCUUCUUUUAUUCGACUAUACAACUUGUAAAGACCUCAUGUAUUGGUAUUCCAUCGUAUAAUCAUUUCCUUUUUUGUACUGUCAAUAAUUUUUAUUUAUAAUUUUUGGAAGAUGAGUGGUGAGAUAUUUAUAGACUAAAGAGAUGUUCUUAGAACGCAAUAAUGUGUUGAAUUUUUCAAUAGAGUUGUACAUUUCUGGGCGUGAUACAAGUUAAAA